UUAACUAUAUCUAAAAUUCAAUAUUACAAAUUAUAUUCUUAGACUUUAUUUCAAGAAAUUUAAAUUCCGUACAGCGUUUAAUAUACUGAAAGAAGAAUUUCGCUUCAUUUUGUCUAGAAAACGAUUAAGAUGGUGUGGAAAACAUUGCACUUACUCUCGGCACUUGUAAUAAUAACAGGAAGUGAAUCAGUACAUAUAACUGUCAAAGAAGGGAAUGAAACAUAUAAUACAAUAAUUUGUGCUCUGCCUCAAACAGUCCAGGUGUUAAGUGUCACGAAUACAACAUGCAAAAUUAUGUGGAAUAAACCUAUAUAUGGUGAUGAAAACCUUAGUUAUGAUAUAGUUAUAAGUAAAGAUGGAAAGAAUGUGAAUGCUUUCUCUCAUACAACUUCUGAUAUGGAAAUAUCUUUUACAAUUCCGAAUCUUGAACCUGGUUCUAAAUAUAAUAUUACCCUGAUAUCAACAGUUUACAGUCAAAUCCUAACUCAAAACUCUACGAAUUGUAUUACUGAGCCUGACAUUGGAAAACUAACAGUUAUAAACGUCACGAAUACAACAUGCACAAUCUUUUGGAAAAAACCUAUAAAUACAAGCGAAUCAGUAAGAUACUUCACUGAGAUAUUUACUAUUCCUAGUGGUUCGAGCUACAGAAUCGUAUAUUAUUCAAGUUCUCUCAUGCAACCAAAAUUUAUAAUAAAGAACCUCAAUUCUGGAAGAAAUUAUGUUAUUUCUGUUUCUUGUUACUAUCCUAUAAAGGAUUGUCAACGUAUUACAACUUUAUGCUCCACUAAAUCUGCUUUUGGAACUGGAAAUUUAACUGAACUAAUAAGCAAAAUAAAUCUCACAGGUCCUGUAGUUUAAUUUAGCUUAAACUUUUUAAUACAUUCUACAUUGAUUGUUAAACAAAUGUAUUUAAAUCUGUAAUUCAGAA